CACACAACGUAAACAUAACCUAUCAGUCAUGCGAACAUAACCUAGUUGUUUCAGAUGGAGACCCCUAUUUUAAGCAAAAAUCAACAGAAAAACGCGCUCUCUUCGAAAAAAAAGUCGAGGGUGACCAUAAAGAAUGUGGUGGCUUCGCCGUACAACUGUUUCUGGCCUCAAAUUUCGCACGAAGAUAAUACAAAGUUAACGGGGGCGUUGGAAAAAUAUUUGCCACGCAUUAAAACACCAAGAACUAGCGUGCCAUGGGAUAUUCUAAAAUCUGUUCCAAGGGGCGAAAGAAAACAGUUUCGUGAAGAUUACAGUGAUGUAAAAGUUGAAAAUAAAAAACCUGAGAGUUUUGGAAUUGUUUUUGGGGUAAAUGACGUCACAAAAUGCUUGGAAAAAAAUGAAUUGGAUUCAGUUUUAAUAUCCAGUGACGUCCAACCAAGAUUGAUGGUGGGGCAUGUGAUAGAUAUGUGUGUAUUAAAUAAUUGUAAUGUUUUGAUUGUGGAAGAGUUAAGAAAUAAAUUAAAGGCAACAUGUGGUUUUAACAGUGUUGUUGUAGGGUUUAAACGCAGCAUUCACAUAAAUAGUGAUUUAAAUUUUGUUCUUGUUGAGGUGAAACAUAUUUCUCAGCAUCACCCUGUACCUACUGAUCAUAUAAAUUAUUAUAAGAGAAAUAAUGCAGAUGUUCAAAAAGAUGUUGUUAGUGGUAGUAGUGGUGAAAGUAAAAUUAAAAAACGUGUGAUAUCUGUAAUAGAUGUGGAAGCAAUUCAAAAAAGUGUAUAUUUGCUUAGAAAUUCCAAUGAAAAGAGAACUUUUGUACCUACUGAGUCAUCAUCAUCAAAAGAUAACCCUAAAGUGAAUGAUAACUUUUUGUCAUUUGGGGAAAAUAUGGACACAAGCAAAUCUUUAAAAAUAGUUAAAAAUUAUAAACCUUUGGUUGUGAAAAGGUUAAAGGGGAAUCCCAAAAGAAGCAAGAAAAAUAAAUAGGUAUGUUUAAUAAUAGUCAUUUUUUUUAUUAAAAUAUCUGCUGGAGC